UUUAUGUGUGAUGUGUCAAAAUGCACUCUACUGUCAUGUAUAACUGAUUAGCACACAGAAACAUCAAGAAAAGGAAAAAGAUAAAAAUACAGUUGACAUAAAGUUAAAAAAGAAGAAAGAAAAGAGCAGCUUAUGUUAGCCUAAAGCGCGUCUGUUCUUGGACUGCCCCUGACAGAGACGUGGCCAAUGGUGUGGGCCCCAGAGGAAAGCAGCCUGUUCCGGCGGGCGCGCUGGUGCCUGCCGCGGCCGAGAGUUCCGGACCAUUCCGGGUGUCACUUUCUAAGUAGGGCGGGGCUUGUCUGGAAAAUUCGACCAAUCCCGUGAGCUGAACGAAUUGCCCCUGGACCAGGCCUACACGGGGGCGUGUUCUGUCAAGAUCUUGACCAAUCUUAGGCUAGGCUUAAGGGCGGACUUUCAAGAUGCUUGAAUCAGUGAGGGCGUUCGGAUUUCCGGAGACGCACAGCCCAGCUCCGGAGGCGGGGCCUAGAGAAAGGCUCCUGCCAAUCGUGCUAAGGCCCUGAGGGGGUGUGGCCCACUUUGGGGCGUGGCUGCCUGUUCCGGGCCGCCCGGGGGCGUGUCCGGCCUGGACCUCGGCGGGGGCCAUGUCCGCGCCGCCCGCGUUGCAGAUUCGCGAGGCGAACGCACACCUGGCUGCAGUUCACCGGCGCGCGGCGGAGCUGGAGGCGCGGCUAGAGGCCGCGGAGCGCACGGUGAGCGCCCAAGCAGAGCGCCUGACCCUCCAAGAUCAGCAGUUGCGCGCCGCCCUGGACGAGCUGGGCCACGCCAAAGACCGUGAGAUUGCCGCUCUCCAGGAGCAGCUGCUGACCUCCGAGGCCGCCAUCCGCAGCCUGCAGGCUGCUGUGCGCCAGAGGGAUGAACUCAUCCAGCAGUUGCAGCCACGGGCCAAGCUGCUACAGGACAUUUGUCGCCGGCGGCCACCCCUGGUCGCACUGCUGGCUGACCUGGCUGAGGCCGAGCGUCUGGGGCCCUUGCCAGCCAGUGACCCAGGCCAUCUACUCCCCAGUGGGCCUGGCCCACCCCUUGCCAACAGCACUGGUGAGAAGGCGGACCAGGACCACCCCCAGCCUACGAUGUUUGGGACCACAGUGUGAGCCUCAGAGCAGAUUCCAGAAUGAAAGCAGAAGGCUCCUUUGGGGAUUUCCACCUGUGUCAAGGGGCAGAGCCACGACCCUUUCCAAACAUCAGAGCAAUCUAAAAAGGCUAAGUUUCCAAUUGGGCCCAUAGGCCAAAUACACAUGUUUAAUCUGACAAGUUAAAACAAAUGACAAAACUUUGAAUCCAUCCUCUUGUUGAACAACUGGUGAUGCUUCCAGAGAAGCUGGAUAUCUGGCUUCAGACCUGGCUGGUCUCGUCUGGCUCUGAGUCCAGGGUACCCUUUUAUCCAGGGUGAGUUCUAUUGGUGCCCUCACCUCUGAGGCUGUUGACCUGGCCCUGGAAGCAUCUGAAUUUGAGACCUCUGUCUGGUGGAGACAGAUGGCAUCAAGUUCCACAAGAUUUGUUGUCCUUGGCCUUGAUACUGUUCCUCCUGACACACCCUAAAGUGUUUCUUAGCUUUUGACCUUGGACUACAGCUAGGGGCUGGAAGCCUUAUGCCAAUCUGCAUUGACCAUGUGAUGACACAUUUAUAUCCUAGAUCUCUGUUCCCUAACUCUGACCUUUCCUCCACAUAUACUCCCAAAGGAUGAGCAGGCAGGGGUGACAGCCUAGACGCUUUCCUCAGGGUGCGCUGCCUGGGACCUGCACGCGGGCUCUUCUCUCUUCCUAUAACUUUCCCCCCCAGAUUGCCACAUGAUUGGCUCCUUGUCACUCAGGUCUUUGCUCAGAUAUUACCUCCAAGAGGCCUUCUGUGACCAUCUUACUUGGAGUAGUCCCUACUUUACCCUGCCAGCCCUGCCCACCAUCAUUCCAUGCCAUUCUUUUUAUGGAGUGUCACACUAUCUCACCAGUAGCGUCAACUCUGACAGCAGGGUUUUUGUCUCUUGUUCUGUUUGUCACCAGUGCCUGACAUUUCUCAGAGCCCCCCUCAGGGACAGGGAUGGUCCUGUGAGCCCUGAGGGAGCCCCUCCCCAGGGCCAGCCAAGCUUGUGUGGCAGCGUGCAGAGACACUGUUUUUUAACUCCUUGUGUCUAGCUGUCCUUGCCGCCCAAGGCACUCAGGGAACUUUGCUCUUUAUCAAACCAAGGAGGGGACUCAGGCCCUGUUCCUCCCACUCCCUGCCUGGCGGGCCGCCAUCAAGGCUCCAUACUCAGGGAAUUGUCAUGCCAGCAAGUGCCCAAGAACAGGGACUGUUUCAACGGGCGGUCAUUCACAGCCCUGGGAUGGUGCCGCCUUCCUGCCUGCAUCCAACAGUGACUCUCAGUGCAGUGACAAUGGCCCCAUUUUCCUCUCUGGAUGAACAAGGGAGCUGCAAAGGGAAGCAGGCUGGGGACUGUCUGCCCUCAAGCAUAAACCGUCUGCUUUCUCUGCUGGGCCCUUCAUCCUCUCCCUGGCGUGGGCAGGAGAGCUGGCCCUGCGUGUUGUGCGUGAUCCUGGUUGGGGUCCUGCGAGCUUUGGAGCUGGUGCCACAGUUGUCUAAUCUGGACAGCAGACUUGUCCCCUUCUCACAGCUGUGGGCAGAGGCCUCCAAGUAAAGCCGCCCGGCCUCCAGUUCCGCAAGGCCAGGGCAGCGUCCCGUGCUGGGAGGUUGCUGGAAUUCUUUAUUUUCUGUGGGGCUGGGGAGGGUGCCCAGAGCCCCCCACACUGGGCAAGGGCUCCGGCACUGAGCUGCACUCCCAGCCUGGCAUCGUGUUUUUAAAAAAGUGAAAAUUUCCGGGGGCGUAGUCCAGCGUAUACCUAGCUUGUGGGGGACCCUGUAUUCCACCCCCAAUGCAAAAAUAAAAAACCCAAAACAAUUAUAAAAAUUGAUUA